AAAAGCAGUGGAAAGCGGCUUGACCCGGAAAUAGUUUUGAUUGAGGCGGUUUAGUGUCGGAAGUGGUGCCAUUACCUACGACGUUCAGUCAGCGUGUUAGCAGCUCUGCUACCUGCUUCAUCUCUCAGAGUUAUAACAGAGAAUUAAACAAAAUGAGUCUGUUGAACAAGCCGAAGUCGGAGAUGACUCCUGAGGAGUUGCAGAAGCGGGAGGAGGAAGAGUUUAACACCGGCCCUCUGUCAGUCCUCACACAGUCCGUCAAAAACAACACGCAGGUGCUCAUCAACUGCCGCAACAACAAGAAGCUGCUGGGUCGAGUCAAAGCCUUCGACAGACACUGUAACAUGGUCCUGGAGAACGUAAAGGAAAUGUGGACUGAGGUACCCAAGAGCGGAAAAGGAAAGAAGAAGUCCAAACCAGUGAAUAAAGAUCGUUACAUCUCCAAGAUGUUUCUGAGGGGUGACUCUGUCAUUGUGGUGCUGAGAAAUCCACUGAUCACUGGCAAAUAAUCUGUUCACUCUGUGUGCGCACGCGCGCACACACACACACCCACACACACUCUGCUGGCUUGCUCUCAGUGAGAGACUUGGUGUGUAACAAUAGUACUGAUUUUGUCACCGGGUCCUUUUUUUUUUUUUUUGUUCUGAAUAAAUGUUUUGUAUUUACA